CUCCUCUGGGUCUGUCUCAGCUGCUGAGACCCAUUCCCAGUCUCUCUGUCUCUGUCUCUGUCUCUGUCUCUGUCCGACAUUAAACCAUGUUGCCGACCGAGUCCGGGGACAGUGAGGUUCCUCGGUGUCACUCGAAAACCAAACCAAACGACUCAACACAGCGGGCAUGACAUGACGUUUCCCCGCGGAGUAUAACCAGACUACAACACCGAGGACUAAAAGGACACGACUAAGACGCUGCCCCAGACGUAAGAGUUACCCAGUCCUGUGGACAGGAAGACAACAUGGCCUCCGGCUUACCGCCCGGGAGUCCUCCCAGCGGCCUCACCGACAGGAGCGGGAGCUUCUUUAAGCUGAUUGACACAUUUGCGUUGGAGAUUGGAGAGCUGACAAGAGAGAUGGUCCAGACCUCUCCAACAGUUGACAAAGAGCCCAUGGAUCUACAAGGGCUGGAGAGUGAAGUGAGUGGUGUUUACCUGCAGUCCCCCCACUGUGGCGGAGUGGGGGGGGAAAGGGAUUCUGGAUACGACUCGUUGCGAAGGAGGAUGAGUGUGCUGGACAGGCUGACUCAAACUCACCCGGUGUGGCUGCUGCUGUCAGUCAGUGAAGAAGAGGCCUGUCGCAUACUGCUCAAACAGCCUCCAGGGGUGUUCCUGGUCAGGAAGUCAGGCGCUCUGCAGAGGAAGGUUCUGUGUGUGCGUCUGAAGGAGGAUCAGUCAGGAUCUCCCAUCAGCCACUUCCCUGUCAGAGAGAGCCAGUACACCUUUUCUCUUGAAGAAUCUGGCAUCAGCUUUGCAGAUCUGUUUCGCCUGGUGGCUUUCUACUGUAUUAGCAGGGAUGUCCUGCCUUUCACACUCAAACUCCCAGAGGCCAUUGCAUCUGCUAAGACUCAAAAAGAACUAGAGGAGGUGGCUCAGCUUGGAGCAGGCUUCUGGGACUCUGCCCUGUGUAGCCAGCGUCGCACUUCCCCCCGUCCCUGUCGCCCUCUGAGCCGUACCCUCAGCCCCCAGCGAACUAACAGGAACAGGAAGGCCGAGAGCUCAGAGCAGAGACACCCCGGCGGGGCUCACUACGACAGUGCGCCUCCGACUCUGCGGUCCUCCACUCCUCCAUCUUCCUUUCAACAGGAGAGAAGACAUUCCAGGGAUUGUCUUUGCUUUGUCAACCCCCUUUUCCUCCAGACUCGCCACCACCGCUGUGUGGACCAUCCGCCAUCUCAUAACAACCAAGAGAAUGCCGGGAAAUCAUCUGUGACGCGGCUGAACAGCAUCCAAGGUAGCGAGCAGCACGCGGUCAAGAUCAAACUGAACGGCAAAUCACAACCCCCUCCCCCUCGCCCUCCUCCCCCCCGCUCAAUGCCACGCCGGCGGCCUGCCCCACCUCCGCCUGGACCUCCAGCCGCUACCACCAGGCCCAAGAGCAUGCCAGAGGCUGCUGCUGUGUCUACAAGGCAACAACAACAGUCCCCCAGCAGGCGCCCAGCACCCGCUCGACCACUAAUGGGUGCCAAGCAUAGCAGCCAGUCCAAAACUGCCAGCUCGCCAAUCCCUGUGCCUUCAAACCCGCCACCUCCAAGGCCUAAGAAGCCUGAUCUUGAAGCUCACCGUUGCCACAUUGCCCUGGAUGAUGAGACCAUCGCCAAGGCUCUGUCCCGGGCCAAGCUUCCACCGUGCCAGCCUCCGCCUGCUGUCCCCGCUCAAGAACUACCGGAGAAUAAGGCUGGGAGUCUGUCCAUCCCCAAGGAGAGGGGACGUCAGCGGCUCAGUGACAUGAGCAUGUCUACUUCGUCCUCUGACUCAUUGGAAUAUUCACAGUCUCCUGGAUUCUCCCUGGGCCUGGCCCCUAGCCCGUCCCGACAUCUUAAUCAUCAGGACACAGUGGAGGACAGCAGCGAAGAUGAUGAGGAUGGGGAAGAAGAUGAGGACGAAGACUACGGCGUAGGUUUGGAGACGGACCUAGAAAUGCGCCUUCGUCCGUCCAUAAAAGCGCGAAGGCGAAGGGUCGGUGUGAGCCUCGGCGGCGGCGGCUCUUUCAUCCUCCCCAGGGCCCUGAAGGGACGCUUCCGCAAGAUGAGCGGCAUGCUCAGCUCCUUCAUGACCCCCGAGAGACGGGCGGUGAAAAGGAUCGCUGAGCUGUCCAGGGACAAAAGCUCAUAUUUUGGCUCCCUGGUGCAGGACUACAUCAGCUUUGUUCAGGAGAACCGAGGCUGUCACACGUCAGGGAUGGAUUUUCUACAGACUCUUAGGCAGUUUAUGACACAGAUGAAGGCGUAUCUGCGUCAGAGCUCCGAACUGGACCCGCCUUUAGAGUCACUCAUACCUGAGGACCAGAUCGACCAGGUGCUGGAGAAGGCCAUGCACAAGUGUGUCCUGAAGCCUCUGAAGAGUGUGAUUGAGGUAGCUCUACAUGACUUCCAGGUGAGCAGCGGAGCUCUGCAGCAGUUAAGAGAGAACCUGGCCCUGGCUAAGACCAAGAGGCCCCACGAGUUAGGGGUGGACGGAGCUGUGCCUCCCGACCCCAUGGCUAUAGACAAGAUCCGCCACAAGUUCCUAAACAUGAGGAAGAUGUACUCCCCUGAGAAAAAGGUGUCAUUGCUGCUGCGUGUGUGUAAACUCAUCUACACCAUCAUGCAGGAUAACUCAGGGAGGAUGUACGGUGCCGAUGACUUCCUGCCCAUGCUGACUUAUGUGGUGGCUCAGUGUGACAUGCCUCAGCUGGACACAGACAUCCAGUACAUGAUGGAGCUGCUGGACCCAUCUCUGCUGCAAGGAGAGGGGGGCUACUACCUGACCAGCGCGUACGGAGCCAUGGCCCUCAUCAGGAACUUCCAGGAGGAGCAAGCAGCCCGGGUCCUGAGCUCUGAGGCCAGGAACACACUGCACCAGUGGCACCAAAGGCGCACCGCCCAGCGCACAGCGCCCACUGUGGACGACUUUCAGAACUAUCUCCGCGUCGCCCUGCAAGAAGUGGACACAGGCUGCACAGCCAAAACCCUGAUCGUCCACCCUUACACAACCACAGAAGAGGUCUGCUCACUCUGCGCUUACAAGUUCAAGAUCCCGGAGCCCGCCACCUACGCACUGUUUCUGGUCACUGGGGACACCCGGCAGCAGCUUGCACCAGACACGCACCCUCAACGAAUCAAAGCCGAGCUCCACAGCCGGCCCCGUGCACAGAUCUUCCACUUUGUCUACAAGAGGGUACCUAACCUUAACCUCUGUAUCCCUGCCCUAAUGAACAAUGGAAACUGCCUACAAGUUGAAUAGAGCAGGAUAUUGUGACAGCUUGCUGCACUUGAUCCUAAACAAUAGUGGAAAUCUGUUGUUGCUUAUUUCUUCAAAUACAAUUGACACUAUCUGAACAGAAACAGAAUACCAAGCUGUAGAUUGAUGCAGAUAUAAAAUGUCGUUGAUCAAAUAUGAUGCCAUGCAAAUGAUAAGGCAAUUUAUUUUUUUAUGAGGAACCAAUAAGAGUAAGUAGGAUGGACUUUUGAAAGUGCUGGUGUUUUACUCAGACACCUCAAAGACUGGCUCCGAAGUCAAAAAGCCUAACUGGUCGGCUACAUAACACAACAACGUAUGCAGAGCGGAUGAUUCAACACUACACUAAAAUAAUCAAUACAACUUUCUGUACCUGGCAUGAGAUUAGCGUGCAACUAGUGCGUAUGCGUUGCAUAAAUACAUUUUUACGUGACGUGUGUGAAGCCCUUUUACACAAAAACUAACUACAAAACUACCGAUAUCAGCUAUCAAUAAGUAUAUUAGAAGUUUUGGUUUUGAGAGUUUUUUAUUGUUAUUUAUUGUUCCCAUCACCUGCAUCUUUUGAUAAUAGCUGACAAUGCGACGUUUCACAGCGCUGUGCCGGGUAAACUGGAGACACAAAAACAAUCCCAAACCAAAAGCUCGCGGCGUCUAGGUGUAGCCAGUUUAAAACAAUAUUAUUAUAUUAGACAGCGCAAACGCUUCACAAAUAAUCUGCAUACUUGUUCAAUGUAGCCAACACAUAAAGAGUGGUAAGUUGUAAGUUUAGUUCAAGUUGUCAACAAUUCAACCAUUUAGAGCCCAUUUGGCCCUUGUCUGGGUUUUGGUGUGCUGAGUGGAAAUUGUCAGAUUUUGUAUAGAUGCUGGUUUUGCAGGAUUUUUAUUAAGUUUUAUAUGGAAGGGAAAAGUUCUUCAGCUUGUUGGACAUGUGUACCAUCCUUAAAAAGCUCAUAUUAGGCUCAUUUUAGGGUUCAUAAAUGUAUUUAGAGGUUGUACCAGAAUAUGUUUACAUGGUUUAAU